CCUCGGACACCAUGGUCAACUCCUGCAGUGGAUCCGUCUGCUCAGACCAGGGCUGCGGCCAGGAGACCUGCUGCCGCCCCACCUGCUGCCAGACCACCUUUUGCAGGACCACCUGCUGCCGCCCCAGCUGCUGUGUGUCCAGUUGUUGUCGCCCCUCUUGCUGUGGUUCCAGCUGCUGCAGGCCCACCUGCUGCAUCUCUAGCUGCUGCCGCCCCACCUGCUGCCAGACCCCCUGCUGCCGACCCACUUGCUGCAUUUCCAGCUGCUGCCGCCCCUCCUGCUGUGGUUCCAGCUGCUGUGGCUCCAGCUGCUGCAGGCCCACCUGCUGCAUCUCUAGCUGCUGCCGCCCCACCUGCUGCCAGACCCCCUGCUGCCGCCCCACUUGCUGCAUUUCCAGCUGCUGCCGCCCCUCCUGCUGUGGUUCCAGCUGCUGUGGCUCCAGCUGCUGCAGGCCCACCUGCUGCAUCUCUAGCUGCUGCCGCCCCAGCUGCUGUGGCUCCAGCUGCUGUGGUUUCGGCUGCUGCCGCCCCUCCUGCUGCAUCUCUAGCUGCUGCCGCCCCAGCUGCUGUGGCUCCAGCGGCUGUGGUUUCGGCUGCUGCCGGCCCUGCUGCUGUCCUUCCUGCUGCCUCCGCCCAGCCUGUGGCCAGGUCUCCUGCCUCACCAACUGCUAUCGCCCCACCUGCGUCAUCUCCACCUGCCCCCGCCCCAUGUGCUGUGCCAUCCCUUGCUGCUGA